ACGAACGCCGCCGCAAAAAAACAAGUUUCCAAUCCUAAGACUCAAGCUGACUUCCCAUUAAAUACUUCAGUAUUCUGUGUUAGUGCUUCCGCUUGAACGAGAAAAAUGAAGACUAUUUUUCUACUCCUCGCACUCGCUCUUUGCGCUCGCUCUGAAGACGCAAACAAAACCAGCCAGCCGGUGGAAACUCAAAACAAGGACAAACGACAGACCGAAGAGGGCACUCAGCAACUUGUUUAUAGGACAGCAAGAAAACAGGAACAAAUAGCUCCUGUUGAAGAAAACCAGGAAGAUGAAAAAGGACAAAGAGGUGGAUCCGAAGAAUAUCGGCCGGGUCAGGUGUAUUCCCUCAACGUGCAAGAGCUUCUAGAACUGCAGCCGGAGAGAAAAGCACCUCUUGGAAGUAGUCAGCAGUUACAACAGUUGUACCCCAACCAACAGCAAGAGCACAGGCAAAAUCUGCAACAGUUUUAUUACUUGGAGCCGCAACUGAGUCGUCAGUUUGCUCUUCAACCAUCACACACUGUAAUCGCACGUCCACAUUAUUCAUCUUAUGGCGGGGAAGCAUCAGUGGGAGCGGCGCUCUCUGUCAGUGAUACCGGAGCAAGUUCAUCUGAAGGGUUGGACCAAGAACUCCUAGCUCUCCUUGGACACCAAAUAAGACAAGAGGACACACGCCCUCAGACGUUUACGCAAACCCAGCAAAUACCUAAAUUACAAGCACAAAGCGUCGCGAGUCAAUAUCAGCCGGUGGAUGUGCCUUACACACCUAAACCAGCUAAGAAACCAUUAAAACUCCGCUCCAAAAUUCAAACCGCUUCAACGCCAACCUCAGCUCCUCAACAAUACUUAAUAGAAACAACCAACGUGCAACAGCAACAACCACAGCAACAUCAACAACAGCAGCAACAUCAACAACUUCAGCAACACCAACAACUUCAGCAACAUCAACAGCUUCAGCAACUUCAACACCAAUUCCGUCCAAUCCCGCAAACUCAGAGAGUCCCGCAGACUUUACGCUACAUCCCAAUUCAAUCAGCACAGGCAGCUGUUCAGCAACCUUUAUAUGAAAGACCUGAAUCUCAAGGUCUUAAAGUUGUGCCCGCACCAAAACUUCAACAACUCAAUCCCCAGUACAGUAACUACAGAAUUCAAUACCAACAAGAAGCAUCUCCUAAGCAGUACCGAAUCAUCGACAAUCCCAGGGCUCAAUCAGUGAGACAAGAGCAACCCCACAUUUUAUCUAACGAAAGGCCAGUCACAUAUCUAAAACGAUUCCCAGAGCCUGAAAAACUACGAGUAGUACCAACAGAACAGAGUGUUCACGAAGGCUUAUCUUCAGGCCAACGUCAUGUCCAAAUCGCUGAUCAGUACUACUUACGGCCUUUAUAUAGAACUAACGAGCAAAGAGCUCGAUAUGAAGUACCACCUGCAACGCUUAGACCGACAGAACAAGCUAGAAGCUUUGAUACAGUAAAAACACCACUAUCUUCUAUUUACGUUAGCAAAAACAUUGCACCCAAAAAAGUAGCAAGACCUGUCGUACGAUAUGAGCAAGUUCCAAAAUUAGAGCAACCUUUAAGAGAACAAACUUACAGAAUAGAGCAAGCUAGUACAGAUCAAGUAAAUGUUGAGCAGCAUACUCAAAGUAUUGAGGAACAAAGAUCACAUUUGCCACCACCCAGAAAUAGCAAAGCAUAUACUCCUGAGGAAUUCGCGGCCUUGGUAGCUGCAGGAUAUUCGGUGACACCCAUACCUGUAACUCAAACAGGUACUCAAGUGGCCCAAUCAAGAUCUUUAUCUGAACCCAUAACAGUUCAACAGCGUAGGCUUUACGGUCGACGCCAUCAGUAUCUCCCUUUGAGAGGAGAUGAUGCACCAUGAAU